AUGGAGGACGCGCAUUCGUUCAUCUACGACUUUGGUGGUAUUCGCGGACAAGGUUACUUCGCCGUCUUCGACGGUCAUGCCGGCAAGCACGCAGCCGAAUGGUGCGGACACCACUUCCACGAACACCUCCUCGACAACCUCCGCAAAGCACCCGCCACGCCCGUCCCCGACCUCCUCAACGCGACCUUCCAUACCGUCGACCAGAAGCUGUCUGAACUCGCGGCGCAGGACGGGACGCACAGCGGGUGUACGGCUGUGACUUGUUUCCUUCGACUCGAGGAAGACGACGGUAAGCCUGCGGGCGAGGCGAGCGGUGUGAGCGGCGAAGUAGUCGAGGUGCGCGAGGGUGAGAAGGUCGAGGUGGAUGCCGAGGGCGCGCUGAAAGCCGCAAGAGGCGAGACUCAGGCGCUCAACGACGAGUCGAAGAAGGGUUUGGGCGGCGACGGAAGCGAGCCAGCGGACAAGGGUGGGUUGGGCGCGCGAACGGCUUCCGACAUCAAGAACAAGAUCAAGAACAUGCUCAAAGGUCACGGCAGCGGCAACUCGUUCGGCAACGAGUCUGCGCUUUCUACCUCUGCCGGUAACACUCCUCAGUCCUCGACGAACCCGUCACCCACGUCGACCCAGUCCACCCAGUCGACACAGUCGAGCGUCGCGACUCCCGACGUGUCUAUCUCGAAGCCGGCGGUCAAGAAGAAGGCGGCGAAGCGGACGCUGUACACGGCGAACGUGGGCGACGCACGGGCGGUCUUGUCGCGCGGCGGAAAGGCGGUCCGGUUGACGUACGAUCACAAGGGCUCGGACAUGAGGGAGGCGAAGCGGAUUUCGGACGCCGGCGGUUUCGUGCUCAACAACCGGGUCAACGGCGUCCUUGCGGUCACUCGCUCGCUCGGCGACUCGUCCAUGAAGGAGUUUGUCGUCGGCGCGCCCUUCACUACGGAGACUACGCUCGGCCCGGAGGACGACUACCUGAUCGUGGCUUGCGACGGCCUUUGGGACGUCUGCUCAGACCAAGAAGCCGUCGAUCUGAUCCACGACAUCGACGACCCGCAAGAGGCGUCGCAGAUACUGCUUGACCACGCGCUCAACCAAUUCUCAAGCGACAACUUGUCGAUUCUCGUCGUCAGAACCAAGCUGGGCACUUCGGCCGCCAAGGUGGACGGAUUUGUCGAAGGACCGCACCACGGCAGCGCUUCCGCUUAG